AUGUUAUAAAAGGCUUAUAAAAAGAGCCUUGUUGAUUAAUAAACACCUUAAUUUAUAAAAUUGUCAACUACUUUCUAAAAUCUUAGAAAAUAAACAUUUCAAAUACAAAUGACUGUAUGCAAUUUAAUCAAGGAAAGAGGAAAUAAAUUUUAUAAAAUGAGUAAAUUCAUAUAUAUUAAUGAAAAGAUGAUUUUUAGAUUGCUUGUCAAAUAUAUGAAGAACUUUAUUAAUUUUUAGAGUUUAGGGAAUGCAAAAAUAACACUCAAUAUUUGGUUCAAUAUAACGGGAAAUCUUAAUAAGAAUCGAUUUUACUAAAUUGUAAGAGAAUAUUCAUAAUAAUAGAACUAAAAAUAUAAAUUUUGAAUAAUAUUUCAGCUACUUAUCUCAAACUUUAAUUGUUUUAAUAAACAAUAGAAAUAACUAAUUAUGUAUUAAACUUUGAUCCAAAUUCUCCGAAAGCUUUAUUUCGAAGAGGAAAAGUAAUUUAUAAAAUUAUUAAUAAGGCUUUAUUAUCACUAUCUCCAUUAAGUAAUGAAAAUCUUAUUGCUUCAAUUGAAGAUCUAAAAAAAGCUUAAUAAAUUUAAGAAGAUGAAUUAAUUGCUAGUACUUAUUUAUAAGCAAUAGAAAUUAUGAAUAACAGGUAAUUAAAUCAUAUAAAUUUAAUUGAAAAUGCUAAUUUAACUUAUGAAAUAGAUUAUUCAAAGGAAAUUCCAUAAGAGAUUAAUGAAGUAAAACAUUUUACAGAAAAAAAGGGAAUGGAAAUGUUGAAAGAUUUAUAGAAAUAAGGAAAGAUAAAAGAGGCAAAUGAAUUUUUAUAAGAAUUGAAUUAAAUUUAAGAAGCCAAAAAAUAAUUAGAAAAAAUAAGUAGACUUAAUUUUGAUAAACCAAAACCUGUAAAAUAAAUUAAUAUUAUUAUUUUAGUAUUUUUAUGAAACUAUCAAAAGACUAGGUGUUAAUUCUAUUUAGCUAUAACAAGAAUUUAAGAAAAUUCAAUAUCAAAAUCUUUAAGAUAUUAGGAAUAAAUUAAAAUAAUGGAAUUAUUGUUAUUCAAAAGACCAUAAUAUCAAUAACUAAGGACUUUAAGGAGAAUAAUAAGAGUAUCCAUCAGAAAAUAAAACUUAAAAUGUCUUAUUAAUUUUAGGAGGGCUCUUGCUAUUUAUUUUAAUUGGUGUUUUUGCAGCAGGAACAUGA